AUGGCAGGACUGGAGGUGCUCUACCACUCUGUCCGCCAUGACAUCACCACUCCACAGGAUGCCAUAGUGUGCUUUGUGCACUGGGAAUUGUUGCAGGCUGACUUUAGGUGCUUGGGUAUAGGAGACAGGUCAACGACUACAGAUGUGAAAUCUGAGCUUCUGCCUGAAAACUGGAACAGUAGCAAGGAACUAUACACUUUACGCUAUCAGUCAGAUGAUGAAAAGAACGAAAUCCUCAUAAAAGCAGUUUUAGUUGAUACAAGUCUCAUUAUAAAUAUGUUAACCUCCAGAUCUGAACAAGUUGCUAAUUUGACAAUAAAUCUGACUGAGCACAUUGAUAUAGAACAUCUUCAGGAUUUUGGCAGGGUUUACAAAAAUAUGGCACAACUGAAAAAUCUAGUAAAAUUAGUUGUUCAACCCACUGUUUCUAAAAGGGCAGAUUCCACAGGUAGCUCUAGGAAAACUCGCAGAAAGUCCAGUGGAUCCCAAUUUGAUCAAGAUGCACAUCCCAGUUCUGCACGUGGUUCACCCCGGAACUCAGAUCCAAUAAGGUCUGAUAACCCAAAUCCAUUUGCAGCAGGAGGAGCUGACCUGGAUCCUUUUGGAGGAUGUGAAGGGGGAAUGAUAGUUGAUCCAUUGCAUUCCGGUUUUCCAAAAGGUGGCUUUGAUCCUGCACAAGGUACCCAGGGGGGUCUUCCUCCAGGCUCUGUUCCACCAGGAGCUCGCUUUGAUCCAUUUGCUCCUAUAGGCAGAAAUCGACCUGGGCCUGAUCCUGAUCAUUUGCCACCUCCAGGAUAUGAAGACAAUAUAUAG